AUGACUGGCUAUCCUCCAAUCCUCCACGACUGCACAAAGAAUGCUGGGAUUUUUAAAACCACCAAGAGACGCCUGUCUCUUAAAACUCCUGAGCUGAUAGGCCAGCGUGGAGCAGCACGAGCUGCAGGGAACCAAGAACUCACGUUCGAGCUCGCAAGGCUUUGCAGAGAGGCGAUAAAGGAAGACCUUAAAGAGAGAAGAGCAGAAGUGCUCGCUGAAGAUGCAGAGGCGGGGAAAAGCAUCCGCUAUGCCCGUCGAGACUUCGCCAGUCGCAAGACGAGGAUGACUGCUCUCCGGAACCCAAAGGGAACAGCCAUUGCAUCGAGAAGGGGGAUGGAGAAAAUCAUCUACGACUUCUACUCUGAUCUCUACGACAGCCAUGUCCACUUGCCUCCUCACCACCUGAGGGAAGAUGGACAUGUCAUUCCAGAGGUUCUCCCGUCCAAAAUACGGCAUGCUAUCAUGUCGGUAAGAAAUCGUAUGGCACCCAGUCCCCACAGAAUAAGACCAGAACAACUGGAGAACCUUCCGCCAGUGCUCAUCAACACCAUGGCGAGGCUCUUUACACGUUAUCUGUCGGCAUGCAAGGUUCCUAAACAGUGGAAAACCAGCAAGACCGUGUUGUUGUAUAAAAAGGGAGAUCCACAUGACAUCGGCAACUAUCGUCCAAUCUGCCUACUGUCCGUCAUCUACAAGCUCUUUACAAGAGUAAUCCUUAAUAGGAUUGAAAAAGUCUUGGAUGAAGGACAGCCAUGCGAGCAAGCAGGGUUUCGCGAAGGAUUCAGCAUGACUGACCACAUUCACACUGUUUCAAAACUCAUCGAGGUAUCACUAGAAUACAACAUGCCGCUCUGUCUCACCAUCGUCGACUUGAAGAAGGCCUUCGACUCAGUUGAGACGGAAGCGGUCGUGGAAGCCUUGGACAACCAAGGCGUCCCUACUCAGUACAUGAAUGUACUUCGAGAGUUGUACAGCAAAUUCACGACCGGAAUUUUGCCAUUCUACAAGAAUAUCAUCAUCGACGUGAAGAGGGAGGUCCGACAGGGUGAUACAAUCUCACCCAAAAUAUUCACAACCACCCUCGAGAACGCAAUGCGAAAGUUGGAAUGGGAUGACAUGGGAGUGAAGGUUGAUGGUCGGCGGCUACACCAUUUGCGCUAUGCUGAUGACAUCGCAAUGAUAACACCUAGCAUCAGCUAA